AUGAUUCGAUGUGCCCUGCUCACUCUGACCUCGGUCAUACUCCGAGUAGCUAAGCCCGAGUUCCUGAGGCUGGGCGGUAAGCUCGAUCUUUCCAACAGUCAGCUUACAACCAUCUACUGGUACCUCAAGUGGGCCUUGCCUUUGUGGGCUAUAGUGGACCUCAACUCGGGAUUGAAUCGCUGGGCUGAGAGGCGAUGGAUUUGGAAGACCGAUAAAAGUGGUUGGGACUGGAAGCGCGAGGUCGCUGUGGUCACUGGCGGCUCGGCUGGUAUAGGUGCAUGCGUGGUCAAGAAACUUGCUUCCCAUGGCAUCAAGGUCGCAGUUCUAGACGUCAGUCCUCUGUCAGAUGUCUUCAACAAAGAUGAUCUAGCUCUUGUAAGAUUUUACAAGUGCGACAUAACAUCGCGGGACAAUAUCCAUCAGGCAGCAGAAGCUAUACGCUCAGAUCUAGGCCCGCCGUCAAUACUGAUCAACAACGCUGGCAUCGGGAAUGCUUGGACCAUUCUCGAAAUUCCCCAGGAUAAUCUGAAGAAAAUGCUCGACAUUAAUCUCACAAGUCACUGGAGCACCGUUCAAGAAUUUCUGCCAGAGAUGCUCGCGAAAAAGAAGGGUCACAUCAUGAGUGUCGCAAGUCUUGCUUCCUUUGUCGCUCUCGCAAACGCUGGCGACUACAGCUGCACUAAAGCGGCGCUUCUGGCCUUUCAUGACGGGCUUACACAAGAGCUGAAGCAUCGAUACCAGUGUCCUCAAAUCUAG